AGAGUGUUGUAACCCCGUCCUAUGACCCCGGCGAAUCCGUAUUUAUGUGUUGCUCUCUCUCUCUCUCUCUCUAGAAGACUCAACUCUCUCAUCAUUCUCUGUCUCUCUCUAAAACCCAAAUAAUUAAAAAAGGAAAAAACAAAAACUAUCUCUUUCCUCUCCUAUUUAUUUCCAUUUGUCUCCCUUCGCUUUCUCUCUCUCUCUCUCUCUUUCUCGUAUCUCCCCCCACAGCCUCUCCUCCAUGCCCUAAACCCCCGUAUCCCUCCCCAGCUCAUCUCUCUCAAUCUGACUCUGUUGCUGUCUCUGCUGGCCUUUUGAUCCAUUGCCUUGAUUGGUCAUAUUUAAGGGAAGCUGAACUUAUGUAGCAGUUGUUGAGGUUGAGCGAGGUGGUGGCCUUCUCUAUGACCUUCGUUAGCUUGGUUGUAUAUUACGAAAUUGCAGUGGCUAGUAGAGUGUGUAAAAGCUCUGAUGCCUUGAGUAAUCUCAAUUCUUGAUGAGCUUGUUGUCACUGUUGAUCAAGUGUGUAAGACUCAGGUCUAAAAGAUGAAGGAUAACAGCUCGUCAACAAGUACAAUGAUUAACAGAAACUGGGUCUUGAAACGAAAACGCAGAAAGCUUCCUUACGGACCUGCUCUAUCUAAUGGCAAAGAAGACAGUUCAGCAGCAUCAGAAUCUCAAGGGAAGACAUCUUCUUCCGCUAAACGACGGCUGACUAAUGAAAUUAUUUCUGAUCGACUUUCGUCCAAGAAGAAAGGAAACGAUGGGUAUUACUAUGAAUGUGUGGUCUGUGACCUCGGUGGUAACUUGUUGUGUUGUGAUAGUUGUCCCCAAACCUAUCAUCUCCAGUGUCUUAAUCCACCUCUUAAGCGGAUUCCGAAUGGGAAGUGGCAGUGCCCAAACUGCUGUCAGAAAAGUGAUAUGCCAGAGCCUUUAAAUUAUCUAGCUGAUAACAUUUCAAAACGAGCAAGGACAAAGAUUGCCACCUCUAAGUCCAAAGCUGAAGUUAAGUCAUCUGACAGAGAGAAAGUUUCGCAGAUUUUUGGGAACACCAUUGUUGCAAAGAAAAGAUCAUCAAGCAAAGGGAAAGCUCAUGGAGUUAAAUCCUUCGAAAAGAAACCAUUCUCCCAGAUAGAUAUAUCUUCUAGCACGAAGCCCAGUCAUUCAUCAGCUGGCUGUUCUGUGGAGGGUAUUUCAUUGUCUGAGAAUGUUGGGGAUGAAAAUAGAUCUAAUCUUUCCCCACCAGAUGAUUCCGCAGACAAAAAGUUGAGCUCUCCAGCUAAAGAGGUUUCAUCUCAUUCUAAAAUAUCAGAGACAAAUGAAGAAGCUCCUGACGCAUCUAUGACAAAUGAAGAAGCUCCGGAGGCAGCUGUGACAACUGGAGAAGCUCCGGAGGCAGCUGUGACAACUGGAGAAGCUCCGGAGGCAGCUGUGACAACUGGAGAAGCUCCUGAGGCAUCUGUGCCAAAUGGAGAAGCUCCUGAGGCAUCUGUGACAACUGGAGAAGCUCCUGAGCCAUCUGUCCUUCCUGAAGUGAAGCCUGACCCGUCUUGUGAUGAUGCAUCUCCGCGUAAGACCAUUGUUCUUGCCAUCAGUGCUGCUGCUGGCAAGGCUAGAAAAAGAAAACACAAAGGCAAUAAUGAGAAGAGUAAAAAGAAGCGCAGGACAGAGAAGAGGAAAACUGUCAUUGAUAUUUCUAAACAGUCUGGAUCUAAAGCAAAUACCUCAAGCCCAGGGACUCGUAUUCGUAAAACACUUCGUAAGCAUAAAUCUCUCAACCAUGGGGUUUCUGCAUCUUUGUCAAGGGAGGAUGUCACAACCAAGGGUUCAGAUGUCCAGAUGAAAGACGAGGACCUUACUGAGGAAGCAAAAGACCAAUUUCAUAAUGCAGAUAAAGCCGGAAAUCAUGGAGUCGAAACAUUAAUGCAGAAGGAUAGUCUUACUGCUGAACUCCUGCAGGUGGAUCGGGUUUUGGGAUGUCGAGUUCAAGGUAAUCAUGCUGCUUCUUGUCACUUAUCAGUGACAGCUGCCCAGGAUCUGAGUUCUGAUGAUGCACAAGUCUCAGAAAAUAAUAACAGACUAUCACAGGAAAAUUUUGCUUGCGAAACUGUUAUGGAUGUUGGGGCGGCUAAAAAUCUCACUGAGGGUUGUCAAGGAGUUGUUAAGGGUGUUGAUGGGGAUGACAGCAAGAAGGAGGAUAUAAGAGUGGACAAACUGCAUGUGUACAGAAGGUCUAUGAACAAAGAAGGUAAAAGAGCUAAUUCCAUGGAUUUGUCUAGGAAAGAUACCAAGGAGUUGGAUCCUGCAGGCAUAAUUGAUCACGAUCCAAACGAAUCUGCUUUAAAUGCUGAUGAUCCAGAAAAAACAAAUGAAGUAGUGACUGCAGAGAAUAUUGAUGUCAAUUUGAACAGUCAUGAUAAAGAUAAAGAAGAGGUUCUGGAAAUUUGUGAAGCGCAUGUUUCUGCUGAUACCAAUGACAAGAGAGAUGUCAAUACAGAAGCUGGAACUGAUAUCUGUGCUGAAAACAAAAGUGAAGAGCCCACACUGGCUGAACAUGCAGGUGAUGGUGUUGAGACGGUAUCGUAUGAAUUUUUAGUUAAGUGGGUAGGAAAGUCUCAUAUUCAUAAUAGCUGGGUUUCUGAAUCUGAGUUAAAAGUCCUGGCGAAGAGGAAACUAGAAAACUAUAAGGCAAAGUAUGGAAUGGCUGUUAUAAAUAUAUGCGAGGAGAGAUGGAAGCAACCACAGCGGGUGAUCGCUCUCCGUGGAUUUAAAGAUGGUUCAGGUGAAGCUUUUGUGAAAUGGACUGGUUUGCCUUAUGAUGAAUGCACUUGGGAAAGAUUGGAUGAGCCUGUUAUGAGAAAUUCUCAGAAUCUGGUUGAAUUAUUUAGUCAGUUUGAGCACCAAACGUUGGUAAAUGAUGCUCUUAAAGAUGAUUCAUCAAGAGGGAAGGUUAGCCGACAGCAAAAUGAAAUACUUGCUCUGACAGAGCAGCCCAAGGAACUAAAGGGAGGUUCAUUGUUUCCCCAUCAGCUUGAAGCACUCAAUUGGUUGCGGAAGUGCUGGCAUAAAUCAAGAAAUGUGAUACUAGCUGAUGAGAUGGGGCUCGGUAAAACCAUAUCAGCUUGUGCUUUUAUUUCGUCAUUAUAUGUUGAGUUCAAAGCCACUCUACCUUGUUUAGUCUUGGUUCCACUUUCCACAAUGCCUAAUUGGCUUGCUGAGUUUUCAUUAUGGGCCCCUGAAUUGAAUGUCGUGGAAUACCAUGGGUGUGCCAAAGCAAGAGCCAUGAUUCGCCAGUAUGAAUGGCAUGCUAGUGUUCCAAAUGAGUUGAACAAGAAGACAUCCGCUUAUAAAUUUAAUGUUCUUUUAACUACAUAUGAAAUGGUUCUUGCUGAUUCCACACAUCUUCGUGGGGUCCCUUGGGAAGUUCUCAUAGUUGAUGAGGGCCAUCGAUUGAAAAAUUCAGGAAGUAGACUUUUCAGCUUGCUUAACUCGUUCUCUUUCCAACAUCGUGUACUGCUGACUGGCACCCCUCUUCAGAAUAACCUUGGUGAGAUGUACAACUUGCUUAAUUUCUUGCAGCCUGCAUCAUUCCCUUCCCUGUCUUCAUUUGAGGAGAGGUUUAAUGAUCUUACAACUUCAGAAAAAGUGGAGGAAUUGAAAAAACUCGUUGCUCCACAUAUGCUUCGUAGGCUUAAAAAGGAUGCUAUGCAGAAUAUUCCCCCAAAGACCGAACGAAUGGUUCCUGUUGAGUUGUCCUCCAUCCAAGCUGAAUACUAUCGUGCAAUGUUAACAAAGAAUUAUCAGAUAUUGCGGAAUAUUGGGAAAGGGGUUGCACAACAAUCGAUGCUGAACAUUGUAAUGCAGUUAAGGAAAGUCUGCAAUCAUCCAUAUCUGAUACCAGGCACUGAGCCUGACUGUGGGUCUGUAGAGUUCCUUCAUGACAUGCGGAUAAAAGCUUCAGCCAAGUUGACACUGUUGCAUUCUAUGCUUAAGAUUUUGCACAAAGAGGGUCACAGAGUCCUUAUCUUUUCCCAGAUGACCAAGCUCCUUGAUAUCCUUGAGGAUUAUUUGGCCAUCGAAUUUGGACCUAAAACAUAUGAGAGAGUAGAUGGAUCUGUUGCAGUGGCUGAUCGUCAAUCUGCAAUUGCGCGUUUUAACCAAGACAGAAGUCGAUUUGUCUUUUUGUUAUCAACACGCUCUUGUGGCCUUGGGAUCAAUUUGGCAACUGCUGACACCGUCAUUAUUUAUGAUUCUGAUUUCAACCCCCAUGCUGAUAUUCAAGCUAUGAAUCGAGCACAUCGAAUCGGACAAUCAAAUAGACUUCUGGUUUAUAGGCUUGUAGUUCGUGCUAGUGUUGAAGAGCGCAUCUUGCAGCUUGCAAAGAAGAAACUUAUGCUGGAUCAGCUAUUUGUGAAUAAGUCAGAAUCCCAAAAAGAAGUGGAAGAUAUUCUUAAGUGGGGAACAGAGGAACUUUUCAAUGAUUCUCCUGGCAUGGAUGGAAAAGAUACAGGUGAAAAUAAUAGUAACAAAGAUGAGGCAGUGCCAGAUGUAGAGCAUAAGCAUAAGAAGAGGAUUGGUAGCCUGGGAGAUGUUUAUGAAGAUAAAUGUACGGAAAACAGCAACAAGAUUGUUUGGGAUGAAACUGCGAUUUUAAAGUUGCUUGACCGUGAAAAUCUUCAAUCUGGACUGACUGAUAAUGCAGAAGGAGAUAUGGAAAAUGAUAUGCUUGGCUCUGUAAAGUCUAUCGAAUGGAAUGAGGAGCCAAUUGAAGAGCAGGGAGUUGAAUCACCUCCUGGUGCAAGUGAUGAUAUAUGUGCUCAAAAUACUGAAAGGAAAGAGGAUAAUGUGGUUAAUGGUACAGAAGAAAAUGAAUGGGACAGACUCUUACGUCUUAGAUGGGAGAAAUAUCAAAGUGAGGAGGAAGCAGCUCUUGGUCGUGGUAAGCGAAUGCGGAAAGCUGUUUCUUACAGGGAAGCAUAUGCUGCACACCCAAGUGAAACAUUAACUGAGCAGAGUGGUGGUGGUGAAGAUGAGCGUGAGCCCGAACCAGAGCCAGAGCGGGAGUACACACCCGCAGGACGAGCUCUAAAAGCAAAGUAUGCUAAGCUCCGUGCUAGGCAAAAAGAACGUCUGGCUCAGAGGAAUGAAAUUGAAGAACCUUGCCCUAGUGAGGGAUUGCCUGUUGAGUCACAUCCUCAGUGUCCCAUGAACACUGCCGAAGAUGUUGAUCAAGCGGCUGGAUUAGUUCAAUUUCUCAGUGAGAAGUCUUCAGUAAUUGACUUGGAGGAUAACAAAUUAGAUGCUUCUAAAGCCAAGACUGACUCUCCCUUAAGAUUGGGCAAGCUAUCAAAGCAUAAAAGCAGUCGCCUCGACCUUUCUGUUAAUCCGCUUGACUACGCGUCUCCUGACAUUUUAUUUCCUAGACACCAACAUCAGGGAACAAACAUGACUCAUUCGAUGCCCCCAAAUAAUUUGUUACCUGUUCUGGGACUCUGUGCCCCAAAUGCUAGUCAAAUAGAAUCAUCAAAAAAGAACUCAAGGUCGAAUGGCAGACGGAGAGGAGCUGGACCAGAAUUUCCAUUUAGUCUAGCUCCUCAUUCUGGGACUUUGCCUGAAACAGAAGCAAAUGGUGAUGAAGCAAAGCUAUCAGAUGCAUCCGCAGAGGCAUCACAACGUUUGAAGAGUAGCAUCCCAAAUGGUGGCUUGCCAUUUAGACCGUAUCCUCCGGCUUUUCAAGGAAAAGGUUAUGAUCGCCCUGAAAGUUCUGGUGCCACCUUUUCUGAUUUCCAAGAAAAGAUGGCACUGCCCAACUUACCAUUUGAUGAGAAAUUGCUAUCAAGAUUCCCGCUUUCAUCUAAGAGCAUGCAAAGUCCACAUCUUGACUUCUUACCUAACUUGUCCUUGGGUAGCAGACUCGAAACUGUCAAUGGCUCCUUGCAAGAGCUUCCAACAAUGCCACUGUUUCCCAAUUUAAAAUUGCCCCCACAAGAUGCGCCCAGAUAUAAUCAGCUAGACAGAGAAGUCCAUCCCACCUUGGGUUUGGGCCAUAUGCCAACUACAUUUCCUUCAUUAUCUGAUAACCACAGAAAGGUGCUGGAAAACAUAAUGAUGAGGACUGGUUCUGCAUCAAACAACUUGUUUAAGAGGAAAUCAAAAGCAGAUAGCUGGUCGGAAGAUGAACUUGAUUUCCUCUGGGUUGGUGUCCGUAGGCAUGGAAGGGGCAAUUGGGAUGCAAUGCUAAGAGACCCAAGGUUGAAAUUCUCAAAGUUCAAAACUUCAGAAGAUUUGUCAGCAAGGUGGGAGGAGGAGCAACUCAAGCUUUUAGAAGGGUCAGCUUUUCCAGUGUCAAAAUCAUCCAGAAAGACUCCCAAGUCCUCGCAGUUUCCAAGCAUAUCUGAUGGAAUGAUGGCCAGGGCACUGCAUGGAAGUAGACUUGUUACACCUCCAAAGUUUCAAUCCCAUUUGACGGACAUGAAGUUGGGUUUUACUGAUCUUACAUCUGGCUUUCCACAUUUUGAAGCAUCAGAUAGACUUGGUUUGCAAAAUGAGCAAUGCCCUCCUAUUCCAACUUGGUUUCAUGACAAAUUCCGGGGGAAUUUUGCCAGAGAUUCUGCUGCUGGACCUUCAGACAGACCAGGGACAUCUUCCAAUGUUUCCAUGGAGCAGCCAUUUGUUGUCACUUCUUUUGGAAGCAGUUGCUUGGGUUCAUUAGGUUUGAAUCCCCCAAGCAGCUAUGAUUUGCAGCAGAAGGAAAAUGAACAGGGUCCCUAUAACUAUGGGAAGUUGCCUAGUCUUCUGGAUAGAUCGCUGAAUGCUCUGCGUGAUAUGAAUAAUAAUUUUGCAAGAGGUGAACCCAGUGCAGGAUUCUUUCCUGAUCCCAGGAGAGGUUUUUUAAAGGAUGAAGAUGUUGCUGGAAGUAGUUCAUCAAAGGACAAGCUACCUCAUUGGCUACGGCAAGCUGUAAGUGCUCCUGCCAAACCCCCAGAACCUGACCUUCCCCCUACAGUAUCGGCAAUAGCUCGGUCAGUUCGAUUGUUAUAUAGGGAGGAAGAGCCAACCAUUCCUCCCUUUGUGAUUCCAGGCCCACCUCCUUCACUACCAAAGGAUCCAAGACGACGGCUGAAGAAGAAAAGGAAACAGAAGUUACAUAUCUUUAGGCGAAUUUCCCAAGACAUUGCCGGAAGCAGCCACUUAAGUGAAAAUGCUUCAAGCUCCAUUCCUGUGGCCCCAUCAUUUCCCUUGCUUUCACAAUCAAUGGCACCACCUCCAGGCUUUCCACCAAUGGAAUCUGACCUCAAUAUGCCGCGGAGUUUAAAUAUGUUAAACCCAUUAGCCUCGUUGCCACAUCUGAAUCAACAGAUCAAAACAACCAUGGGGCUGUCUCCUUCCCCUGAAGUGCUUCAACUGGUAGCAUCCUGUGUUGCUCCAGGUCCACAUCUACCAGCAGUUUCUGGCAUGACAAGCUCAAGCGUCCCUGACUUGAAGCCAUCAUUGCCAGAUUCAGCUGGCCAAGUAGGACUCUUGGACUCGCAAGCUACAUUGGCAAAAGAUGAGGCAAGAGAUGAGGCUAAGCCGGGUUCACCUCUCAAGGAGUGCAAUUCACUCCCAAAAGAUAGAAAAUGUGAUACUGAAAGUGGGGAUUCCAGCAAGACUCGGUCAGAUCCCAAUAGAACUGAGCGUCUCGAUGCUGAGGAAGUAUCUUCUGAGGGCACCGUCUCAGAUCACCCUCUGAGUGACCGGGAAUCAUAGCUGUAAUGCGGGAGUGAAGAUUAUAACAUAGUUAUUCUUUCAUGCUACUCAAGGCUCCAAUGUGCUUGAAUUUUUGUAGCUUUAUGUAGUUCGCCACAAACUAGCCCAACAUAGGAUUAUUUAGGAUAUAUUGUGUAAAGCUUUUGUACGAGAAUGAAAUAUAGUGCUGCCUUCUCAGUUUGCAUUGUAAUUGAUCCAUGGACCUUGGUUUUUCCCACAUGUCUCAAUUGACAGGGACAAUUUCUGGAUACUGUUGCUCAAUCAGUUUGAUAAUGGAAGAGUUUUGUUGUAGUCA